GCUGGAUGACGUAGUCAAAAUGGCGGAAAAUCCGAAUUGAUGUUUACUAAAUCGAUAUUUUAAAAAGAAACAGAUGAAGUGUUGAGUAAAACAUUUUCCAAAUGAAGUUUUGAGGUAAAAAUGGAUGUAAGUGUUCUGCAAGAAGCUUUUGAAAAGGUCUACAAGCAGAGCCCAGCACCUAUGCAGGUUGCGGAAGAAGUAGGAUCAAAGCUUCAUCUUUCUUUUAGUGAAAAUUCUAUUGCCCAUAAUUCAUCAUCACUAUUAGAAUUAUUUGAGAAGACAGUAGACUGUAAUAAUCAGAGUGCUAUGGAUAUUGGUGGCAACAAAGACAAAAGAGUUCCAAUGGUGAAAUUAAAGAGAUUAGAGAUUACAGAGAAGAAUCUGUCAAAUUGUCAAAAGUUGUAUUUAUGGAUUAUUAAACCGAUACCUAAUUCAUUUGGUAUCUGUGUGGAAGGCAAACGAAGUCUGGAAGAUGAUGAUUUUUGGCAUAGUGGAAUGGUAACCACAAGAUAUACUUCUACUAUUAUUGGUACUAGUAGUGGAUCCAUUUAUGAAUUAAUUGAUGAAAUAGAAUUUUUGGAUGCGCUUGAGGCAGGUAUUCCAGAAAUUCUUGCUCAACAAUUUAAAAAUGGUUUCCCUACAAACUGGGAUGACUUGGUGGAUGAAUACUUACCAAGUGAUAUUGAAAUUGGUAAUUCAAGUGUUGUGGCUAAAGGUCCACCUGAAAAUAUAUUUGAUGUGGCCAAUACCUUUGUCAGUCAACAAGUACAGGCAGUGGUACCGCAGCAACAGGAAAGUGUCAAUUCACUCGUUCAAGAUGGCUCUUAUUUAGGAGAAGUUAUCCAGACAAAUGUGCAAUCACCAGUGACAGAAAUGGUACAAGAUGCAGAUAUUUCAAAUUCAAAUGUAAGCAACAGCAACAAUGAGCUGGUUGUCAAUGGUAACCAAGAUUCAAUCGUCAAUGGCAACCAAGAUGACAGUGUUCAAGAUCAGGUAGUGAAUGAGAUUUGUACAGAAAAUGAAGUAACAGAAAGUAUACUCAAUCAAACUAUGGUGGACAAAGACAUAAUUGACAAUAAUGGAAAUAUUUUACCGUUAACAAAGUCCACCAAGACCAAAACAGUUGCUGAUGAUAACUUACAGGAUGUUGAGACACAGGAUAGAACUCCAUUUACUAGUCGUCAAAAACGGAUGACUUCUGCUGCUGAUGAUAACCAGCAAUAUGACAAUUCAACUGUGUCUGCCUCAGAUAUUUCAUAUGAAGCUGCCAAAACUGUUAAGCAGGCAAAGAAGAUCUCCCAAGAAGUAGAUGCAGGGGCAGAAUGUCAUCGAACUUAUGAAAAUAUGAAUAAAGUAAAGGAAAAAAUGAGAGAUCCACCACCAAAGGGAGGAAGUAAAAAAGCAACUCAGGCUAGUGGUCAAUCAAAAGCACCUAAAUCAAAGAAACAAAACAAAAAAUCUCUUCCAACAGAAACUUCUGAAAGUGAACUCAGUAUUCCAGAAAUUGUUCCAAGUAUUCCUGAAACAAACAAUUAUGAUUCUGAGAGUGAAAUCGAAACAGUUUCCAAAAAAUCUUUAAGAACAAUCUCGAAAAAAGCUACGUCUGCUAAAAGCAAAAGUCUUCCAAAACAAUCUUCAAAAUUUGUUUCAAUUGGAAUUAAUGAAGAUGACAUUAUUGAAGAUGUGGUUCCCCAGAAAUCUUCCAGAAAUACAAAAAUGAACAAUACUCAAGUUGACAAAUUAAGAAAAGCAAGAAAUAUUGCUUCAAAACCAUCAAACAAUUCAUCGCAUAAACAUGUUCUUACCUUACCAGAUGUUCAGAUAACAUCAGCUAGUUCUGCUGAUGAGGCAAUAGAAGCUUCAGAAUCUUCCAGUCAAAUUGUAUCACACUCUAGAAAAGAUAAAUCGAAGUCGAAAGGAACAAAACCAGCCACACCUUUAUUUGAAUGGAUCAUACGACCUUUUCCUAGAACGAAAGGUGUCAUUGUGGAGGGAAAGCGCAGAGGUGAUGAUGCCUACUGGAGAAGUUCCUCUAUAGCAGAACGUAAAGAUUCUAGAACUUUAAUAACUGAUAGAGGAUCAACCUAUAAACUGGUAGGAAAUAUUGAGAAAUUAGAUGCUAUUGAUGCAGGCUUUUCACCUGGUAUUGUAAAGGCAUUUACUAAUGGUUUUCCUAAGAAGUGGAAUGAAUUAAUAGAAAAACAUUAUGUUUCUGAAGAUAGAAAUACUUAUCAUCCUAAUGGUACUAUGAAUGUUAGUACUGUCUCCACUAAAACUGGUAAAACUGCAGUUGCUAGUCCAUCUGAGGUCUUAAACGGAACUGUAGUAGGAACCCCAUUAGGUCAGUUUGUAGACAUAAAUCAUCUGAAGACAACUAAAAGUGGUAGAGUGGUAAAACCAGUCUUAGCUAAAUGGGCUGGUCAAAAAGUUGUUUAUGAUUCUUCAUCAAAACAAAUGAAAGUGGUAUAUAAUUCUAAAUUUGGUGAAAGUUUUUUCAAAGAUCAAUGCAUCCAAAUGAGUGCUAAAACAAGUAGAACAUCUUCCUUACGAAAGAAAAAACCUAUCAAUGUUAAUAGCCGUCAAGUUCUUGAUUUAUCCAAGAUGGAUAGCAGUAAAAAUCAGAGCCCAAGCAAUAACCAUGUAAAACCUUCAAAAGUCGCCUCUAAAAAGACCUCUGACCCUGUGGAAUCAAUUGAAAAUGAUGAUGAUGAUAGCGCAGAUCUUGAAAGACAUGUUCGAAAUAUUAUUGAAAAUAAUCAGAAAAAAAGGUUAAAAAAGCCACCGAAGUCACAGACUUGUUACUCUAAAAACGCCCAGAUGGAAGAAAAUGACGAUGAUGUCAUGACAUCACCCUCGUCACGUACACGCUCACGUCUUCAUGAACUACGCGCUAAAUCUGAUAUGAGAAAAAAACGGAAGAGUAAAGAUAGAACUGAGUCCGAUUCAGAUAUUGAUGAUACUGAUGUUCAACCAAAACGAUCCAAAAAAUCUAGUAACGAAAUACAACAGAAAAACUCAAAAAUUAGUUCUAAGGUUAAUGAAAUUAUACUCGAUUCAGAUAUAGGUGACAUUGAUGAUCAACUUAAAAGGGCAAAAUCGAGUUAUAAAACUCAACCAAAAAACUCCAAAAUUAUUACUGAAGUUAAUGAAAUUGUACUCGAUUCAGAUAUAGGUGACAUCGAUGAUCAACCUAAAAAGUCAAAAUUGAGUUAUAAAACUCAACCGAAAAACUCAAAAAUUAUUACUGAAGUUAAUGACAUUGUACUCGAUUCAGAUAUAGGUGACAUCGAUGAUCAACCUAAAACGGCAAAAUCGAAUAUUAAAACUCAACCGAAAAAUACGAAAAUUCAUUCUAAAAAAAGUGACAUUGAACCUGAAUCAGAUAGUGAAAAUGAUGAAGAAAUUAUUUUUAAAUCGACAAAGAUGUCUAAAAAAGGUGGACCAAAAUCACAGACUGUGCAAAAACCAUUUAGUUCCAAAAAUGGAAGAAUGGCGUCAAAGACAAAAUGUUCUCCAGUGAAGAAAGCUGUUACUAAGCGUCGUAUGAAACAAACGGAAGUGUUAAAAGGAAAAUCUAAAACUGUUGAGAAAAAUCAAGUUGAAAUAUCAUCAAGUGAUACAGAUCAGUAUGAUAAUGAUGAUAUUUCAUGGGGAAAAUCCGAAGUUGUAAGAUUAGAAAGUGCUUUAAAAUGUAUAACUCAGUAUAAUGAUAAUAUGUGGAAGAGAAUAGCAGAUGCAGUAAAUUCAAGAACUCUUAAAGAAUGUCAAGAAUAUGUGGAAUCACAACAACAAUAUCAGACAUUUCUGCAAAAUGUUGAAAAUUCCAAGAAAAGUAAAACAAACAAAAGAAUAGAAAUAACAGCUAAGAAAGGUACAUUGAAACGUAGAAAACAGAUUCGAGAGUUUUUAGAACAAGGUAUUGAAGGUGAUGAAGAGCCUGAUCUAUUUGAUUCUACACCAUUUAGAGCUAAUACAAAGAAAACAAUUGUACCAAGAUUAGAUGAAGAUGUAUUUAGUACUGAAACUGAUUAUCCUAUAACACCAGGUGCUAACUGUCGAACACCUAGUAUGAAAUACUACCAAGCACAAUUCUCAGCCAAGAAAACACCUGCAGAUUGUAUCAUUAGUCCCACUAACAAUGCUGUCAAUAAUGCUAAAGCUGAUAAGAUAGUCCAUCAUUAUUUAAAAAGAAGAAAAAUGGUUAAAAUAAAGACUACUAAAAAGGAUACCACCCCUCCAAAACCCAAUAAACCAAGAACACUAUUUGGCGCCAAUGGUAAUAUUGAUGAUAUCUUCCAACACUCAGAUCACGAACCUUCUGACAAUGAUGAUGAUGAUGAAGAAAGAGAUCACUAUAUGUCAGAUAUUUCUUCAAAUUGA